CAGUCCGAGUUUUCAACGAUACGCUGUAGUGAAAUUCGUGUAAACUGCCUCGUGAAUGAACACUGCCUAUAAUAACAUUAUUGUAUUCAUGUGAAAGUUUUUGGGGAGGAUUCCUCUGUCAGUACUCGUAUUGCCUGGCUUCGAAUCGCGCCUACAAUCUACACUAUUCGGAAAGUUGCGGCAAGUGUAGGUGCACUUGCCAUUAUAAUUGCAAGCCGCCUAUUAAUCAAUCCGAAAGACUGUGAACUAUUGGAAAGGGUUCCUAAUUAAUAGGCAGGUUUCGACUAGCAAAGUACGGGCCAAUACUUUCACUGGCUUCCAGAUAUUCAGGUGUUAGAGACGGACGGCAAGCUCACCGCGAAGUCUGGAAAAACUAUGGAUAUCAGAAAGUUUUUUGGUGCGACCGGAAGUUCAAAAAAAGUUCUCAGUGGCGGCAAAGCAGCUAGAAAAGACCACGACAGUAAUGAAUAUACGGAUAAAAAUACGAAGGGCGCCUCGAUAAACACAGAAAAAAAGACACCCAUCAAGCCUGGAUCUUCUGAAAAAUACAGGAAGUUGACAACAACAACAAUAACAACUGGAAAGUCUGUCACUAAAUCCUCGCCAACUUCUAAACAGAGUCUUCGAGAAUCCAAAGAUUUAUCCAAUGAAGAAACAGCAAAAUAUGAAGAAGGUGGAAAUAGACGUGCUAAGCGCUUAGGGAAGAACGGUACAUCACGUGCUCAAGUCGUUCAUGAUAUCAGCGACAGUUCAGAAUCAGACAAUGAGGUUACUAUGAGUACGAGCCAAGACUCUCUUUCUGCGACCCCAACAAAAAAGCCUCGCAAGGAAGCUGUUUCUCCAGCAGAUUACUUCUCGAAUAGGACUGGCCUUAAAGAAGGACAUCAACCUAAAGAGUUGCCAAUUAAACUAUCUUACCCUGGAAAGUUAAGGGAGAGUAACAGGUCACCUAGGGAGAGAAACGGAAAGUCAGAAAAGAGCUUGAACCACAGUGACAGCAGUGACGUCUCUGAGAACCGUAAAAAAGGCGUGACGACCGAAAAGAGACGAGUCGAGACAUAUUCGAAAGAGCAAAGCACAAAAAGAAAACGUCUGCAUGAUAACGAUGAGGUAUCAUCAGAAGAAGCCGAAUCAAAGCCCCGAGUACCAAAGGAACGGCGUAAAACAGAAGAAACUGCUGGACGUGACAGGAGUAAUAGCACCUUUAAAGAAUCCGAAAUUAAACAAACAGCAAGGAGAACGAUUAAAACAAAAAAGAAUCGGAAACAAGAAGAUGAUGAAGAGGCUAUGGAGGUCGAUGACGAUGCUUCAACGACAGUGCGGAGCCCGAAAGUUACGCCUAUGCUAAAGGAGGCCCGCCGAUCACAAGGAAGUAACUACAUGGCGUACCUUAACCGGGAACCGCCUAGACAUCUUGGGGAGCGAGCCCAUCCACCGGGUUCGCCGAACUGUCUGAAAGGCUUCGUUGUUGUUAUGACAGGCGUAAUGGACUAUGUAGAAAAAGACGAAAUUAAAGAAGUAGUCGAGCGCUGCGGGGGACGGAUCACCGGUAACGUAUCGGGAAAGACAACACAUCUCAUCGCUGGAAGAGACGCAGGACCCGCUAAGAUUUCCAAAGCUGAAGCUGUGGGAGCGCAGGUUGUAGACGAGCUGGGCUGGUUUGAUUUAGUUGAAUCAAAAACCGAUAAAGUAAAGGCUUUUGCGGCGAAAAAGAUUGCAGAUCCAGUUGAAGACCUAAUGCGAGAUCUUGAGGAUACUGAGCAACAAACGCCUAGCAAUAAAGCCAAAAUAGGUGAUUCAAUGGGUUCUAAAGUCAAAUUUUCUAAAGUAGAAACCUUUGGAGAGGCGUCAAAGAAAAACGAUAAAAAUGCCAUAAUGGCAAAGGAGGAUGAAGUAGUCGAUCACAGCUUGUCGGAUACAAAUAGACAAGCUUCUGGUCUUAUGUGGGUUGAUAAAUACAUGCCGGUAGACACGAAGCACAUUAUUGGACAACAGGGCGAUAAAAGUAAUGUUGCGAAGCUUCGUCAGUGGCUAACCAAGUGGUCUGCGAAUGAAAAACCUGUUUUCGCUGGCAAAUUUAAUAGAGGUACAAUGGACGGUUCGGGAAUGAAAGCUGCUCUGCUCUCGGGUCCACCUGGAGUGGGAAAAACUACAACAGCACACCUCGUUGCCAAAGAACUUCACCUCGAUGUCAUUGAAUUGAAUGCUUCGGAUACACGAAGCAAACGCUCACUUAGUGAAAAAGUGACGACUUUUUUGAGAAAUCAUACACUGGCAGAAGGAACCAACAAAAGGCAUGUGUUGGUGAUGGAUGAGGUUGAUGGAAUGGCUGGCAACGAAGAUCGCGGCGGCGUGGCCGAACUUAUACAUUUGAUAAAAACCACCAAAGUGCCAAUCAUCUGCAUUUGCAAUGACAGAUCUCAUCCAAAAAUGCGUUCAUUAGUCCACUACUGCUUUGAUCUCCGUUUCUACAAACCUCAACCGAAACAGAUUCAGGCGGCCUUGAUGAGUAUUUGCUUCAAGGAAGGAUAUAAAGUUUCUCCCAAAAUACUCGAGGAAAUUGUUAUUGCCUCCAACCAGGACAUCCGGCAAUGUAUUCAUAAUCUUAACCUGUACUGCGCGUUGCAAAAGGCCAAUACUGACGCAAAACCCACAGCAGUAGGUUCGUCCGAUAAGCCCGAUGGAGCAAAAGGUGUGAUGCCGAUUAAGGACGUUCGCCUGGGUCCAUUUGAUGCCAUCAAAAAGCUUCUCGUCACAUCCGAAGGUGGUGGAAAGAUGUCCUUGAAUGAAAGGCAAUCGUUGUUCUUCAACGAUUACAAUGCAAUUCCGCUUUUUAUUCAAGAAAACUAUGUGCAAGUUACGCCAGAGCCGAAAGUAUCUAAGAUAGAACAUCUUUGGAGACUAGCGCGCGCAUCUGAAUCAAUUUGUUAUGGUGACACUGUUGAGAAGGUGAUUCGUAGCAAUAAUGCAUGGGCUCUUUUGCCUACCCAGGCGUUAUUCUCAGCAGUAAUACCAUCCGAUGAGGUGCGCGGCAACUUACGAUCGAUGAUAAACUUCCCUAGGUGGUUCGGCCAAUACUCUAGCUCUGCGAAGCAUCGAAGACAAGCACAGGCACUCCACACCCACAUGUCGUGCCGUAUAAGUGCUGACAUAUUCGAAACGGCUGCGACUUACUUGCCUGUUAUUACUCGAAAGCUUAUAGAGCCACUCAUUCGGGAAGGGGAAGCUGGAGUUGAUAAGGUGAUGGCAGUUAUGUCCGCGUAUAGUCUUCAGCGUGCUGACAUGGACGCCAUAAGCGAAUUAACAACAUGGGGCGCUGCUACCGACCGUGAUCGUGAUCCUCUUCAAGGAGUCUCAUCGAAGGUGAAGGCAAAGCUAACCCGCACGCUGAACAAGGAGCUGAUGCUACCUUAUGCCACUGAUGAUAUGAUCAAAGCUGGUGGAAAAAAAGUCAAAAAAGAGCCGAAGAAAGGAACCAAAGCCGUUAAGGAAGACACCGAAGCAACUGAAGGCAUUGAAGAAGAAGACGAGUUUGCAGACGAGGAUGCCAUAGCGGCGAUGGAUUUUAUGUGAAUUGGAAAUAUGAAUUCGAAAAAGCAACGAUAACGAUUGAUGUACUUAAGAAACGAACACUGUAUAUUUUUUAGCAUUGUCUGUGCGCAGUAUAGGCAAUACUAAUUAGUUCAUAUUGACGCAGCAAUGAAUGUGGCCUUAGAAGAGUGAACGAUCUUUUACUAAUACUAUUUUGUAGAGAUACUUCGUACUCCUGUAAAUAUAAUAGAACCAACAAACAGCUCAUGUUCUAUUUAGCCAUUAUUUUUAUUAUUAUUAGAUUAUUCAACGUCUUUUGUGACUAUAAAAAUAGAAAUUACUUUAAGUGUUGCAAUAUGUUAGUGUAUUGUUGAAGAUUUACCAGUUUAUUCACCGUCACUGGUAGAUUACACAUGCAGCUGCAGUUGGGAUUGCAUGGAUGUAUACUAUAGCGCCUGCAAUUUUAGAGCACCUGUAGAUUUUAAGAAGCCUAAUAAUAUUCCGCCCAUGGAAUUGGCUAGAGCGCCUAAACUUAGGUACCGGCUUACCGUUGUUUCCAGUGCCGACAACUUAAGUCAAUGCGAUACGUUAUCAUGUUUUUGCAACGAUGCUCAAUAAGUUAUGUAUAACUAUAGCUGCAGGUCUAAAGCACCCGUUUUAAUCAUGUUUAAAUCAUGCGAACGUUUCCCAUACAUAUCUGUUAUACAAGGUUUAGAUCCUACAAGUGGAAGGUUAGUUCGAUUUUGGAGAGCUAGUAUUCCCACAGAUGUCAUUGCAAGAGCUUAAGACAUCGAAGCUUACUUUACAAAUGAGCCACCUAGAAAUACAAACCC